AUGGCUGAACAGCCUGGGGACAAGUCGGGAGAUGCAAGCAUAGAAAAGAUGUAUGAAAUUUUCAGUAAAUUGUUGGAGCAGCAGCAGAUGAAAGCAGUUCCAGAAACAGUCAAGUAUGCACUGGAACCAAAUCCAGUAAGGUUGUCAGGCCCAGGCACCUAUGUCAGCUGGGCACGCCAUGCUCAACUUAUAUUGAGUUCACAUGGCUAUGAAAACCUGCUUGUUGAUGAUGAAGAUAAGAAGGAAAACUGUGAUACUCGUACAAAACAGACCAAUGAUAAAGUGUUAGUCUGGCUUUUGGGAAGUAUGAAACCAUCAAUUAGAGGACAGGUGGAAACCAUGGAAACUGUCCAUGAGGUUUGGUCAUCCUUGCAUAAGCAAGUACGCAGGCGAGAUAAAAAAAAGUUGUACAGAGACUUGCACUAUUAUCAUCCUUUUGAACCUGUUGACAAAAAGGACAUUGCAAUCCAUCAUACAUGGUUCGAGUCAUUUGUGAGCAAGCUUUUCCUUGAUGGACUAAACGACGAAUUAAAUCUCCGUCGUCAAUUGAUAUUUUCUGAACCAGAGUGGCCGAGCCUUGAUGAUAUCAUUUCUAGUGUAAUUGAAGAGGAGACUCGCUUGUCUCAACCAAAGGAGGAUGGUCUCAAUUCAGUAGAUGCUCGUGCAGCUUUAUCCAUGCAAGCUCGUUAUGCCUCGAAGUCCUUUGGUAAAGCAGAUAAAAGGAAGUUUUUCUGUGAACACUGCAGAAAGAAUGGACACAAGAGAGACACAUGCUUUGAGCUGCAUGGCUAUCCACCUUGGUGGGAGAAAGGGAGAUCUCAAUCAGGGGGAGCUCAGGGGUCAAAUAGGAGUCAAGCUAAUCACACUACAGCUACAAGGGAGCUACCAUUGGUAGAUAUACGAGCUCUUGAUAAUUUUACUUCCAAGCUUAAACUCUCAGAAGGCUCGUCUUCCUCCCAGGAUUCCUCCAAAGCUGAUUCUAGUGUCUAUGUCACUUCUCACCAAGGAGCUAAAGACAGGGAAAAUUUUCGGGACUGGGACCGAGCAUGAUGGGCUCUAUUAUCUUGAUGAAGGAAGAGAAG